AUGAUGGAUUCCCCGAAGAUUGGAAAUGGUUUGCCAGUGAUUGGACCAGGGACUGAUAUAGGGAUAUCUUCACUCCACAUGGUGGGGUAUUUGGGAAAAAAUUAUGAUUCAGCUAAAGUCCCGUCAGAUGGGUAUUGCCCUGCUUGUAGAGAGAAGGGAAAGUUAAAAGCCUUAAAGACUUACCGAAUUAGUUUUCAAGAAUCUAUCUUUUUGUGUGAGGAUCUGCAGUGCAUCUAUCCUUUGGGCUCUAAAUCACUUAAUAACUUAAUUUCUCCUGAUUUGGAAGAUUGUCACACUACAAAUAAGCCUCAAAAAAGAAAGUUCUUGGAAACCAACUAUAAAGAUUUACCUCUUUUAGCAAAUGCCAAAAAGACUAAAAAUCAUAUUGUUACUGAUGGUGGACAAGUUUUGAACAGCAAACAUAAUGGAGAAGCAUAUGAUGAAACCUCAUCUCACUUACCUGAUUUACCACACAGUGGUCCACAGAAUCCAGUUAGGACAGCUGAUUCCUUGGAACAGAAUGAGAUUUUGGAGGCUGAUACAGACAUGGCUGCUGAAGAAUAUCCUACUACAGUUGAUGUUUCUGGAACUGGAGGGAUUUCUCCUCAAAAUGAAGGAUGCACGUCUGAACUGGAAAUGCCAUUGGAGAGCAAAUGUACAUCACUUUGCCAGUCUUUAUGUGUCCAGUGGAAAAACGCUAAUUCUCUCUGUUGGUUAGAUUGUAUUCUGUCAGCAUUGGUGCACUUGGAAGGGUUAAAAAACACUGUGACUGACCUGUACUCUAAUGAGGACUCUGUGUUCUGGCAGUUGUUUAUGAAGUAUAACCAAGCCAAUAAGCUCCUGCAUACCAAUCAGUUGGAUGGAAUUAAAGAUGGAGAUUGUAAAAAACUUACUUCAGAAAUAUUUGCAAAGAUGGAGACCUGUCUGAAUGAAGUCAGAGAUGAAAUUUUCAUUAGGCUUCAACCUCAGCUUAGAUGCACAUUAGGUGAUAUGGAAAGCCCUGUGUUUGCACUUCCCCUGCUCUUAAAAAUGGAACCCCUCAUUGAAAAGCUCUUCAUGUAUUCUUUCUCUUGGAACUUUGAAUGUUCACAGUGCGGACACAAGUAUCAAAAUAGACAUACGAAGAAUCUGGUCACUUUUACAAAUGUCAUCCCUGAGUGGCACCCACUUAAUGCUGCCCAUUUUGGUCCAUGUAACAAUUGCAGCAAUAAGUCACAGAUAAGAAAAAUGGAAUUGGAAAAAGUGUCUCCCCUACUCAUGUUGCACUUUGUGGAAGGCUUGCCACAUAACCACUUGCAGCACUAUUCAUUUCAUUUUGAAGGCUGUCUUUAUCAAAUAACUUCUGUAAUUCAGUACCAAGCAAAUAAUCAUUUUAUAACAUGGAUUUUGGAUGCGGAUGGAAGUUGGCUGGAAUGUGAUGACCUUAAAGGUCUACGUUCUGAAAGGUGUGAGAAAUUUGAAGUUCCUGCUUCAGAGAUACAUAUUGUUAUUUGGGAAAGAAAAACAUCUCAUAUGACAGAUAAAGCAUCUGCCUGCCUUCCACUUAAAAAGGCUAAGGAGGAGGCUGCUCUCGGUGAUGAGAAACCAGCCGCUCCAACAUGGUGUUCUGGGGGUGACACUGCCUCUGCUGAGCCGCCCUGCACAACCGGGACGGCAGUUGCACCGAGCCCUCUCUCACAGGGUGCAUCUGUAACGCAUGGGCAUCAUGUACUUUCAGGUCCAGAAGGUUGGGUUGACAGUAAUAUUUUGUCUUUGACACUUGAAGAAAUACAGGUUAACUCUGAAUGUUUUCUCUUAGAAAAUGAACCUGUGGCAGAAAAUGCAGGAGUUGGCAAAACAAAUACCUUGCAAUCAGAAGAGUCACUAAUGGCUUCUUUAGUAUCAGCUCCGUGUGUUGAAAAGCUUACUCAAGACCAAUUCGUGAAUGUAGGCUUGCCAUCUCAAAUUGUAGGGGCAAACAUGCAGUUGGCACAGCCGAGUACAGAAGACACCGUAAUUACUAAACCUGUGAAUACUACGCAUGCUACUGACCCUAUAAACGGAGUAAAGCCAGUAGAAGUUGAGGGUACAGUUGCCCUAAAGAAGGACACUCCAUUAAAACAGUAUCUUUCACCCAAAACUGAGAAAUUAAAACCAGAACAAGCUGUUAUAGCUCAGGUAUCUAAUUUGAAAAAAAAUGAAACUGUGGCAUUUUCUCAAACCGUAACAGCGAAGUCAGUACAGAAUUCAUCUCUGAAAGAAACUCAGAAGAAACCAUUUGUAGGAAGUUGGGUUAAAGGCUUAUUAAGCAAGGGUGCUUCUUUUAUGCCACCUUGUGUUUCAGCUCAUAAUAGAAACACUGUCACUGAUUUGCAGCCUUCGGUUAAGGGGGCAAGUAAUUUUGGUGGCUUUAAAACGAAAGGCAUAAACCAAAAGGCUAACCGGGCAUCGAGGAAAGCCAAUAGGUGUGCAAGUAAGCCUCCUACAGUUAGUAACCCUCCAUCAAGCCAUCCAUCGUCUGGUAGCACAACUUCUCGUGUAUGUGCUAGUGUUACUGCUGAUUCACACGCUUUGAAGAAAUGUGAAAACCCCUCCUGUGGAGCUCACCACAGUCACGAUUCUUGUGUAAAAGAAAAUGGUGUUUCUCCAGUAAACCACGGAGACUCAGUUGAGGGUCAGAUUCAUAAACUUCGUCUAAAACUUCUUAAAAAACUUAAGGCAAAAAAGAAGAAAUUAGCUGCUCUUAUGUCUUCCCCCCAAAAAGGAACACCUCCAACUGAAAAUUUAGAACAUGUGUCCCACUGUGGGUCUCCAAAUGAUUGUGAAUCAAUAGAAGACUUGUUAAAAGAACUACAGUAUCAGAUUGAUACUGCUGAUAAUAAAUCUGGGUGCACCACGGUUCCAUAUAGUAGUCAAAGUCAUGAGGAAAUUUUAGCAGAAUUACUGUCUCCUACAACUGUUGUCUCAACAGAGCACUCAGAAAAUGGGGAGGCUGACUUUAGGUAUUUAGAAAUGGGAGAUGACCACAUCCCAGCACCAGUGUCUACUGAAUUAAAUGAUAUUCCCCAAAACACACAUCUGAGACAGGACCAUAAUUACUGUAGCCCCAGCAAGAAAAAUCAGUGUGAAGUUCAGCCAGACUCACUGACAAAUAAUGUCUGCAUUAGGACAUUGAACUUGGAAAGUUCCAUGAAGACUGAUAUUUUUGAUGAGUUUUUUUCCACUUCAUUAAAUUCUUUAGCAAAUGACACAUUAGACUUACCUCAUUUUGAUGAAUAUCUGUUUGAGAGUUGUUGAGUGCAUGUUACCUCUUUUUAGUUUAAUAUUUAUUACUGCUCUUGGAAAAACUUAGUAUGUUAUUAAGUAGUGUUUACACACUGGCCUUGUCAUGAACAAAACGUAAGCUAUUGAAGGCUUUUCCUUUGGUUCUACUCACAAAGCAUGUAAUCUGUUUUACAAAUUAAAAUGAUCAAAAACUGGUUUUCCUUGUUUGCUUCAUUUUGUAUUAUAGGACAAGGAGGAUUUCAGAAUGAAAACUAGAAAACUAAUGUCUAGUUUCUGGCAUUUUUUACAGUUGGGUACAUUAAAUUUCUACAUUUUAAUUUUGGUUACACUGUUUCAGGAAAAACACUAGUUUGUACAAACUUAAUUCAUUGUAUAUGGACUAUAGAAUGUGUGACUGUUUGGUAAUGGUUCUGUGAUCAUAUUAAGACCCUAAGCCUGUUUCUUAUAUAAUAGUUGAGUGCUGUGGAAUGUAAACCUCCCCCCAUACAACUUCUCUACUUACAAAAGAUGGCAGGAAACCUUGUUACUAGAACUCUUAAGUAAUGUUACACGUUUAAUAAAUGAUCUCUAA